AUGUAUUGGGCUAGUGGUACGGCAAAAGUUCUAGAGUUACCGCCGUUGACACAAAAAACCUAUGAGCAAGAAGAGCUAGAGAGCUCUACAGAUCAAACAGGAUCUUCGCCGAACCAGCCAAAAAUCUUGGCUUUGAUUCGGAAUAAAUCUGGAAACUUGUUUGUCACUUUAACAAGCACUUCGUUACAACUUUGGGGAUUUCGGCCAAUCGUCCUAAUAAGCCAAGUAUCCCGUACCAAAAAAUCCAUCGAAGAAUAUGGUGAGAAUCAAAAUGCACUCUGGAAACCUGAUGGAAGUCUUGUCGUUGUUCAGACUUCCAAAAGUUGUCUUUUUACUUAUAACGUAAUACCAUUUGACGAUAAGAGCUAUAAAUACCAAUUUGGAAAUGUUUCCCAUCAUUAUACAACUGGUGCUGGCGAAGGAAAUGGAGUCAAAACUUAUUUAUUAAAAUUUAGGAUGACUAUUAGAAUAGAUGCCGGAAUGGAGAUGGCAAUUGGAACUGAAGAUUAUUUAAUUGUUACCACAAAAAACCCACCCGCUAUUCAAUGCAUACCGUGGCAAGCAGAACCUGGGGCAACAAAGACUAACAUUUUGGCUAGACUUGAUUUCCUGCAUUCUAAAAAAGGAAUUACGCGUAUAGUAUAUGAUCGAAAGAUCAGUCUUUUUGGAUGGAUAACAUCUGAUGGUCGAGCAUAUGCUGUGCAGUUCAACGAAAAGCCACCAACUCCUCCAGCGGGUGUAAAAAAUUCACCAUUAUUUUGGGCAGGAUUUUCUUUUCAUGCUGAAGAAUUUUCAAAAGCCACUUUUAUCGCCAUAAAUGCAAAAUUUUCGUUAUUGGCUGUUGGACCUGUGACAUCAAUCGCGUGGACUUCAGAUGGUUACGCGGUGGCUGUUGGUUGGCGAGAUGAAGGACUGGCUUUAUGGAGUGUUUAUGGAAGAUUACUUAUGACCAGUAUAAGUGAGGAUGGACCACAGUCAUUUCCCGAUAACGCGAAACGCGGAUUCUUGCAAAUGGAUGAUCGGCUUUUACUUUAUCAUGGCGGAGACCAGGAAGAUUUGAGUGCGAUUAAUCCGGACACAAUUGUUUGGCAGCAUAUUCCGAUACCAAAUAUGUACAUUACUGAUAAUUGGCCUAUAAAGUAUGCAUCUAUAAGUGGUGAUGGUAGAUAUAUAGCUGUUUCUGGUCGUCGUGGUUUAGCACAUUAUAAUGUAUCCUCGGAUCGGUGGAAACUUUUUGGAAACCAGCAACAGGAACAAGAAUUUACAGUACGCGGUGGAUUAUUAUGGUUUAGACAUAUUUUAGUGGUUGCAUGCGACAAUCUAAGGACACACACAAACGAGAUUAGAAUGUAUUCACGAGAAACAAAAUUAGACAACAUUUACAUGAUCCAGAAUGUUCAAGUACCCAGUAACAUACUCUAUCUGAGUUUACUGGAUAACGCGUUACUCGCUUACUGCGGCGAUAAUAUGAUUUAUCAUUAUUUGUUGACAUCGGAAACUGCUGGUAGUGCUAGUGGAAAUUUAGUUGGGCUUGCGUUAUGUCAGCAGAUUUCUUUUAUUGGAGUUAUUCAUGCGCCUGCGAGAGUUAGAUCGAUUUCUUGGUUUCAGCCUAAAUCUCACAAGUCUUUUACUCCGGAUAAUAUGCAAACUGCAUCAAUCAUAUUUUUAAUUGAUGGAAAGCUAGUGUUAUUGCAUCCUCAAAAGAGUGAUGCUGGUGAAGUGCAAUACGAUCUGCACGUUCUCGCUGAUAAAAUUGAAUUUUACUGGAUGGCGAAUCGUGGCGUGGGAAGCUUAAAAAACUCGUUAUGGGCUUGUGAUGGGCAAGGAGUUAAAAUAUGGAUGAAUAUUUGGUCACAAGAAGAAAAAGCAAAGGAUUGGCAGAAUGAUGUUUUGUUGUCGGCCAAUAAAGAAGGAUUACAUAUUUUGCUCGAACUUGAGGAUGAAGCAGUAGCAUUUGCAACAAGUUACCAAAAACUAGUAUAUUUUGGACAUGCACUUGAAGUUCUCUUACAUCAAGUGCUGGAAGAUGAAGCUGAGAAUUCAAUAGGGAAAGCAAAAGGUGCAGUUUUACCUCGCGUCAUAAGAUUUCUAAAUCAUUUCCCGCACGCGUUAGACGUGAUUGUUGGGUGUGCUCGCAAAACAGAAGUGGCGUUGUGGGAUUAUCUAUUCUCGAUUGUCGGAAGUCCUAAAGAUUUGUUUGAGAAAUGCAUGACUACUGGAUUAUUGAAAACUGCCACUUCGUAUCUUUUGGUCUUGCACACUCUUGAACCUACAGCACAUAGUAGCGAGGAUACAAUCCGUUUGCUCACAAGAGCGAUGGAAACCGAAGAUUAUGAUCUGUGUACUGAACUGGUCCGAUUUCUGAAUUCAAUAGAUGGAUCAGGAAAAACUUUGAAAGACGCGUCAAUUAGUAUCAGAGCAUCUGUCGCGAAUAGUAAUACUAAUAACUCUAACAACGAUGACACACGUUAA